AUGAAGCGGGCGUUUGGAAGAAAGACGAAUGCAACUGGCAAGAGUCAAAGAGAGUUGUUUCAAUGCUUGAACAAGCUCCAACAAAAAGAAGCGAAUCAAUCAUGUUGUGAUUGCGGCGUCCAAGAUCCUGAGUGGGCGGUGAUUUUCAAAAAGAACUCAGCAUCUUCAUCGUCUCGUGGAAACAUCCGAAACGAAGACCAUCCAGAACCGUCCAUUGGAGCCUUCGUGUGUUAUGCAUGUUCAGUGGCGCACAAAAUGCUUGCAAUUCCUACCACCGAGAUCAAGAGCAUCUCUGUUGGAUCUUGGACACAUUCUGAUGUCUUGGCAAUGGAAAGGGGAGGGAAUCAAUGGGUCAAUGCUCUCUAUGAAGCUGAUCUUGUCAAGAAAAAGGGCCAAAAACCAACGGAAGCUUCAGAAAUGUUGCGGCGACAAGCAUUUUGUCAUCUAAAGUACGUGAGGUUGUGGUAUUAUGCCGACGAGAAUUCUGAGACGCCUGCAGAUGAGACAUCAGAUGAUGAAUUGUUAGACUUCGUCACUUCCAGAUCAGAAAGGCAGACCAGGACGGUGUCUCCCCCUUCAAUCCCUGAGAACUGGGAGAAACCACAAAUCGUGUCGACACAUGAUGACGAUCCCUGGUGGGAGCCACCGAACGACGCAUCGAUAGCCACUUUGACCACUGUCGCCGAUUCACUUUAUGGCUCGAGUCAGAGCCGGCUUAGUUUUGGUACCGCUCUCAGCAACGGCCCUGGUUGGUCUUCACAUUCCAGACUUAGCUAUGGCAGCUCAACAAACAGUGCUGGUUGGUCGUCUCAUUCGAGACUUGGCCAUGGUGGUGGUGGCCCAAUCCUUUCGUCUCAUUCCCGGGCUUCGCUAGGAUCAAUAACACCAACAGCAAAAGCAUCUCGACGUCUGUCAACGGGUGGCAUGGAAAUUGUUUUGCCCGAUGCAUUGGCAGUGGCACCGUCGCCCUCUCCAGUGGGAUUUUCUCCCAUGAGAUCACCACCAGGCACACCAAGACAAAGGCGGCAACGCCGCCGUUCUUCCAUGGAGGGAAGGAAGCAAUUUAGCAAUGGCUCUCUUUCGAAACCAUCCAUCAAUCCUCGUGUCUCGGUGAAGUUAUCAGAAACAGCAGCGCUGGACUUGAACUCAUCUCCUCAAAUAAGGAAGAUGCGACCGAGGAUGGCAUCACGGCAAUUAUCGCUUCCAGAAAGAGUGGCAAUGCCGCAAGAGGCUAUGGAGGAGUUCCCACAUUUGCCCAAAGAAUCUUGGACUUCGCCAAAAACCAAGACUUUGACUUCGCCUCGACAAACAAGAUCCGCCCAUCGCCGCACAAGAAGUAUUCUAGAAAAGGCACCCCCCAGCAGACGCAAUUCUCUCCCCGACUUCUUUUUGGAAAUGAAUGAAUCAAUGGGCGAGACUAGUGGUAAGAGUGGUCGCUUGAAUUACAAUCAUGACGAUGAUGAUUGCAGUGACUUUGCUGUGCAACAAAAGCAACGCUACAUUCAUCAGGAGAUUCAAUCCACACCCCGCGUAUCUCAUUCCAAACCACGCAGCAACCGUCGACAACGCCGGAAUUCCAUUUCAGAGACUAUUUCAACUGGCCAGGGGCUAAUUGUUUACAAACCGAGUACUGAAUUCUCUUCGGGUAGUACAAAUGGCAGCAACAAGAGACGACAAAGUUUGCAAUUUCUUCGAGAGAGUCUUGGUCCGCUGGAUUCCGAUGCACCCAAGUGGUAG